UAACGUAUAUCAAAACAAAAAUAUUUGCGCUAAACAAUCAACAAAGUGAUAUAGAGCAGGUCAAGCAAGACAGCAUAGUUAAAGCCUCUUAACAAAGCAAGUGCAGUUAUUGUUCUACCUUUAAACAUGUUACGUUGGGGCAUUGCAUCCGCCGGUAAAAUCAGCGAGGAUUUUGUUAUAGCGCUUGGCACGCUGCCCGCUACGGAGCACCAAGUGGUUGCAGUUGCUGCACGCGCGCUGGACAGAGCACAAGAGUUUGCCAAGAAGCAUGAGAUACCAAAUGCUCUGGGUAGCUAUGAGGAGCUGGCAAAGCGUCAGGAUGUGGAUGUGGUCUACAUAGGCACACUGAAUCCACAGCACUAUGAAGUGUCGCUGCUGAUGCUGAACAAUGGCAAACAUGUGCUCUGCGAGAAGCCGCUGGCUAUGAACAGAAAGCAAGUACAGGGCAUGGUGGCUACUGCCAAGGCCAACAAACGUUUCUUUAUGGAAGCUGUCUGGUCGCGCUUCUUUCCCUCCUAUGCGCAUGUCAAGCAGCUCAUCGAUGAAGGCAAGCUGGGUGAAGUGCAGGAAGUGGUGGUUAACUUUGGUUUUCCGCUGACACAAGUGGACCGACUGCAAAAACGUGAGCUGGGCGGCGGUGUGGUCUAUGAUCUGGGCAUAUAUACCAUACAAGUAUCCCAAUGGGCUUUUCAGCAACGCCCUGUUAAGAUUGAAGCCACCGGUCUGACCAAUGCCGAGGGCAUAGAUGAUGAUGUUUGCGUUACUCUCAGCUACAGUGGUGAGCGCAAGGCCAAAAUGCGUUUCUCUGCGCGUGAGAAACUGGACAACUUGGCUGUCAUCAAGGGCAGCAAAGGUCAAGUGACGCUCGUUGAUUUCUGGACGCCCAACAAGCUUAUAGACAUUGAUGGCCAAGAGCGCGAAUGGCUGCCACCCAAAGGCAAACAUGCCACCAACUAUGCCAAUUCGGAGGGCAUGCGCUAUGAGGCGGAGGCAGUGCGUCAGGCCAUCAUUGCUGGUCAAAUGGAACAUCCCUUUGUUAGCCAUGCGGAUAGCUUGCUCUUUGCCGAAAUUGAGGACACUGUGCGCAAACAAAUUGGCGUACUUAACCAAUACGAUGAUAAUGAUAUUAAACUUUUAACAUUUUUCUAAUGUCAUUCAA